UCAUGCGCAGUAGGCAACAAUGGGCAACUUCACGGUCUCUAAUUCAACGGCAGGAGUUUAGUAUCAGUUCCUGGCAACUUUUGGCUAAUUCAGUAGAAAAUGUGUGAAGGUCCUUCCUUGAUAUCUGGCCCCAUCCCUCCGGAUCCGUCGCUCUUUCCUCAGUACUACAGGCAGCCCGCCUCUGCUAGGGGCCGUUUGGAGGGAAACCACCAGGCAGCUCAAGCUCUGCUCUCGGGGCCACUUGCCCCUGACCCCUCCCUAUACCCAGAAUGCUACAGUGCACGUGCAGCCCCUCCCCCUCGCAUUGGUGCUGGCGCUGCCCACAUUCGGGAGAAAAGCCAGAGUGGAGUAGUGGGGGUCCUUCUCAAGCUGGAGGGGGUCUCUCUCAACCCUAACCCCAUCAGAUCAAAGGCUCAGCCGCGGGACUAUGGCAAGGAGAAUGUGCGCAGGCUAAGGGCGAUCCAGAGACGGUGCCGAGAGCUGGAGGCCGAGAGGGAGUGCGCCCGGCCUACUCCCGUCAAGGCACUCUGGACCUCCUCCAAGUACCAGAGCGUCCCAUCAAAGCUGAUGGCUCACCUGCAGGAUGCUGCCCCCCCCAAGAAGGCCGAGUGCCAGAACUUUCUUAAAGCGCACUCCGGCAGCGGAGCUCAGGGGUCGCCGCGCCUGCACCGCGCAGCCUCCUCCCACAGCCUGGUCGCCCCCGAUGCCGAGAUGCGUGUGUGCGGGACGGCCAUGGACUUUGUGAGGCACAACAUGCAUGCUGCAGGAAAGACAGCCCUGCGGCGCUCGCAGUCCCUCCAGUCGCUGGCGAAGCUGCCCAGUGCGCAGAAGGGGCGCGUACCAAAAUAUCUGGAGCAGAGGAAGGAACAGUGGCGACAAGAGGAGGAAGAGAAGAGAAGGAACACCCCCGACCCAUCUAUCCCUGCAGGACACACUCUGAUGUCUGAGAAGGAGAGACAGGAAACACUUCAGUCCCUGAAAGAAACCCAGCGGUCCCUGGUGACCGAGCUCCUCUCCCUGCCCGUGCGUGUGGAUACCUUGAGUGUUCAGAAUCGCCGGGCUCAGCUAGACCGCAGGCUGUCUGAAGUAGAGGAGGCCAUCAAGGUCUUUUCCCGGGACAAAGUGUUUGUCAAGAUCGACUCUUAGUAAAGCCAGCAAAAUGUCUUCCUAGGAUAAAGUAUUAGUCAGUAUUCCCAGCAUGGGGAGAGACUGAAAGACCAGAUAAUAUUUUCUAUCAAGAGCAAUACUCUUUGUCCAUUUUUGUAUCACAUUGUAAAUAUGUGUUUUGUAGCAAAUGUAUAGUAUUUAUCAUCUCAUUUCAAUGUUAAGACUCUUUAUAAAUAAAUAGAAAAUGAGACAAUCUGUAAA